AGAGGGUAACUUUUCGUGAGGAGAGUGUCACUAGAGUGCCCGCGCGUAUCCAGUUAGACACCGUUGCUUGAAAGAUACCAUACUAAUUAAGUGCACGUUUACAGACGUAUACUGAAUAAUAUUAUAACUGUUGAUGUGUAUUAUAAAAAUUCUGAAUGCAUACCGUGUAAAAAAUUUGUAAUACAAUAAAAAGUAAUAAUUUGAUUUAUUAAAGUGACUGCUGUAAAUUAAGUCAAAAUAUCCUACAUUUAUUAAGUCCAUGGUGAAUCUGUAAAAAAUGGUUGAAACCGAUCAAGGUAGUAAAAAUAACUUAAAUGAUUCCUUAGACACCAAUGAACUUACAAAAAAAAGGCUACGAGAAGAAAAUUCAGAUGAUGAAAAGUUGCAUUUAUCUUCGAAAAAGUUGUGUAUUUCUACCGAUAAAAUUGCAUCUGAGGAAAAGAAAUCAGAAGCAAAUGGCAUUAUCAUAAAAGAAGAAGCAGAUGAUACAAACAUUUCUGAUAAGGAGGAAGAGAUGAAAGCUACAAAUAAUUCUAAUAACAAAGAAGAUUUAAAUAUUUCUAAUAACAAAGAAGUAAGAUAUAAAUCGGUAUCAGCAGGAAAUAUAAAUAAUGAUCAAAAAAUAAUUCAUAAUGUAAAAUCUGAAGACGAUAACGAAGAAAGUUUUACUACUAAUGAAGAAAAAGAAAUUAAAAGUGAGAAUUCUAUGGAUAGCGAACAUAAGGCUAAUAUAGAAUCUGAAUCAAACGAUGAUGGAGAAGAGGCAAUAAUAAAGGUUGAAGAAACAGAGGAAGCAGAGAAUAAUAUUAAGAGUAAAAAGAAGCGAAAUAAAUUACAAACAGAAGAUGCAGAAGUAGUAGAAGGCCUAGAACUUUCAGUAGAAUGUGCUAGUGACAAAGAAUCUUCCAGUUCUUCUGAAUCUGAAAAUGAAAAGGAGAAAAAGCCUAAACCGAAGACAAUAAUUGUGAAAGCUGAACCUAAUGAUUCUGAACUUGAUGUUAGCUCUUCUGAAGCAGACAAGUCAGAUUCGCAAGAUGUGUCCGAAGUCAAGUCUAAGCAAAAUGCAAAGAAAGGAAAAAGAAAGGCUCGAACAUCCUUUAGCAAACCGCCAGACGGCGAUUCUGAAGAAAAUGAUGAUGUUUCUGACGAAGAUUACAGUCCUCGAACUAAGAAAAAACUUAAGAAAACAAUAACGAACAAAAAAAAUUCUAAGUUAUCCUCAGAAUCAAAAGGAAGUCACGAUAGAACGAAAAAGACAGAUCAAAAAUUAGAUGAAGAAGAAGAAGAAGGAGAGGAGGAUGAUGAAAAUUCUGAUACAAUAGACGAUAAGAAGUCAAAGGAAGAUUCUGGCACUAAAAAAGUUAAAGCAAGCGAUAGAAAAAUCGAACUGCUGAAAAAAUAUAUCAGAACUGCUGGAAUACGGGUUAAAUCAUAUAACACUAUCUGGGUUGGAUGUAAAUCGAAUGCUGCAAAAAUAGCGUGUCUUCAAGAAUUAUUGGAGAAGAAUGGGAUCACUGGGAAACCAACUUUGGAAAAAUGCAAAAAAGCUAAACAAAGAAAUGAGAGACUAAAAGAUGUUGCUGAAUUGAGCACCAGCAAUAUUAUAUCAGAAGGACGUGUCACGCGCGCUCAGAGAAAGAAAGAAGCUCCUACAGAUCAUCGUGAAGUACGCAGUACCUUGAAGAGAGUUUCAAAAGUUAUCGAUAGCGAUUCGGAAUGAAGGCUAACAAAACUAGAAUAAAUACUCGAAAGUUGUUUAUAAGAUGUACAUGCAUUGAUUACUCGCUUAUUUGAAUGCAGUAAGUAUGUUUCUCUAUUUAAUGCUCAUUUAAUGGUCAAAGUUCUAUAUUAAAUAUGUUCGUACUUGUUUACAUAAAAGAGACUGGUAAACAUUAAAAAUAAAGAUAAAAAUGAGAUUAGGCCAGAAAAUGAUAUGUGUAAAUGUAAUAUUUGUAUUAAAUUAUACUUGAAAACACUUGUAGGCAGAAAACAAAAAUUCACGAAAGUACACAUUACCAUCAGAAAGUUAUUCUGUGUUGUAUAGUCUUUACUCUUAAUAGAAAGUAUUCUUUAAUCGGAUUUAUUUAAGAGUCGCUGCACAAUGAAAGUAUUUAGAUUUGAGAAAUUGUUCAGAUACGGACUUUUAAGGAAUUUUAUAACGAAACAGGUUUGAAUUGUAUUAUAAUACAGUGUGUAUACAUAUAAUUAUUUUAUUUUUUCUUUAGAAUUAAUUAUUACAGAUCAACGUACGAAAUAUCGUGAAGUUAACGUAACAGAAUGUAAUUCUCCGUUGCUUUCGAACUUAUAAAAAUUGAUUUCACAAGAUCACCUGCAAAAAGAAUCUUGUGUUGUACGUAACACGUCGUACUUGAAAUAAUGUUUAUCAGUAAUAUCGGGAUCAAUUGAAUUCAUUCGGAAAUGUAAUUCUCAUUUUUCAAACAAAAUGGAACUUAGUUUUUGUAAGUUCUUAAGGCAUUAUGCGAAAUAACAUAAAUGCUAAUGCCGUUUUUUAAAUAAUUUAGACUGCAUGUGAUGUAAACAACUUUUCAUAUAAAUACUAUAGACUUUAGUAAUAGUACAUUUUAAUAAUAUAAAGAACGUGAGUAUAUAGAUUAUGUUUAAUUAAAAUAAACAUUUUUAUUAAGUAUAUUUUGUAAUUGUUAGAAUUAAUGGCAAUAUUCUAA